CCUGCAGGACCAAUGGUGAUAAGAGUCUUUGAUUAUGCGCACCGUGUCUCAGUUGUCAUUCACCGGUGGAAAACCAACAUGAAGACGAUGUUGCUCUUGUGGAUGCUCUUUGUUGGAACUGCCCUCGGGCAGAUGAUGGAGUUCAGAGGUGCCUGGGUUGCAACCGUCCAAAACAUCGACUGGCCCAGUCAACCGGGAUUGGAUAGUUCUGUCGCUCAAUCGGAACUAAUCGACAUCUUAGACUUGAUGGUGGACCUAAAUAUGAACGCUGUCUUCUUUCAAGUCCGACCGCACGGGGACGCCAUGUACGAGUCCGAUUUGGAACCGUGGAGUAGCUAUCUCACAGGAACCGCUGGGGAGGCACCAUCACCGUUCUGGGAUCCACUGGACUUCUUUGUGAAUGCUGCACACUCCAGGGGAAUCGAAGUCCACGCCUGGUUGAAUCCAUAUAGAGGAAACAUGCGGAGUAGCACUAAUGACCUUCCUGAUGACCAUCCGUGUGUUGUUUACAAUGAGUUCUGUUAUCCAUAUGGAAACUACAUGUGGAUGGAUCCAGGAGCAGCUGUUGUAGCCGAUCAGACCUACAAUGUCGUCAUCGACAUCACCACUCGCUAUGACGUAGACGGUAUUCACUUUGACGACUACUUCUAUCCGUAUCCUGUCGACGGUGUCCCUUUCCCGGACGAUGAGACCUAUGAUGACUACCUUUCUGGAGGAGGACAAAUGGGAUUAGCCGACUGGAGACGCGAUAAUGUCAAUCGCCUCAUGCAAAGAUGCUACAAUGGAAUCAAAGCGGUUAAGCCCAACGUAAAAUUCACUCUUUCACCAUUUGGGAUUUACCGCCCUUGCGAAGAGAACGGAAUGCCCUGUGACAUCGUCGGCUUCGAUCCCUACGACGGACUGUACGCCGACGCCCUAUGGUGGCUCCGAAGCGGCUGGGUGGACGCGAUGAUCCCGCAGCUGUAUUGGAGAGACCAACCUGCAGCUCAGAGUUAUUCCACUUUGCUCGAAUGGUGGAUUUCGUCAGAAGUCAACACGAGGGGACGUCACAUCUACGCAGGAAACGCCCUGUACCGGAUCGAUGAGCAGGACUGGCCGAUCAGUGAAAUCAGAAAUCAAAUUGAAAUUUCUCGAAGUCUCAGUUCCCAACUGUCACUCGGCAACGUUCAGUUUAGUUUCAAAGUACUCCAGGCUAAUACCAAGGGUGUGACAGACAUGUUCAGAAAUGAGCUGUACAAUCAGCCUGCUGUUGUGCCACCAAUGCCUUGGUUACCUUGAAUUGAUUAUGAAUUAAAACUGGCAGAAUC